AUGUCGACCAUGGAAUGCUUGAAGGAGGAAUUCGUUGAGGGCCAACUUUUGGAUGGUCGUUUUCGAACUGUCGCCCCUCUUAACCAUGGGUCUUUUGGAAUGGUAUUCCUUGCUACAGAUACCAAGACCGGUGAAGAUGUUGCUAUCAAACGUCUAAUCAAGGCCUCAACGAAUUCAUCUGAAGAUCGCUCCGAAGAACUCGAGUGUCACCGACGCUUCGGUUUUCAUUCGAACCUGGUCAACCUGAUUCACACAUUCGACACCGAGACCCAUAAAUAUCUUGUUUUGGAGUACUGUGCCAAUGGCGAUCUAUACGAGGCCAUCCGCCUCAACCGUGGUCCGCUGGAGACCGAACACGUUAGGGAUUUCAUGCUACAGCUGAUUAGUGCCGUCGAGUUCAUGCAUGCCAAAGGCUUGUAUCACCGUGACAUCAAGCCGGAGAAUAUCUUCCUGACACAGGAUGGCUCCAUGAAGCUAGGCGACUUUGGUCUCGCUACGCAAGAGUCAUGGUGUUACGAGGCGUGUGUUGGCAGCGACCGCUACAUGGCCCCCGAGCAAUAUGAUCCGACCACGACUGGAUACUCCCCCGCCAAGGCCGACAUCUGGUCUGUGGGUAUCUGUCUGUUGAACAUUUUGUUUGCUCGUAACCCCUUUGUCACCCCCACCGAGUCUGAUGUACUCUUUGCGGAUUAUGUGCGUGAUCGCCAGUCGCUCUUCGACAUCUUCCCCAACAUGUCCCAGGACACUUACGAGAUCCUGACCCAUGCCUUGACCAUUGAUCCAUCCAAGAGAUCUUUGUCGGAGGUGCGUGAGUGCAUCAUCCGCGCGAUCUCUUUCACUACCGAUGACGAAUCUCUCGAUGAGUUUUGCACCGAAGACCGCGAGGUGGUUGCUGCCAGCGCCAACCGCGAACCCCUUCGCACCCCGUCCCUCCAGAGCCCCUAUGUCAACCAGGGAGAUUCUUUCCCAUGGGCAAAGGCGCUCCAGUCGAGCCCUCCUCAGGCUAUCCGACAACUAUCUGCCAUUCCGGACAACGAGAGCUACACCGAGGACCUGUUCCCGGCUUCCGAAGCUGCUGGAACCUCGUGGUUCUCAUCCCGCAUGGAAACUCCAUCAGUGGCUUCUGUUUUGGACUCUCAGCUAAGUGAGUCCUUCGUCUUGCUCAACCUUCGCAAGCGUCAGGUGCCGUCUCUUCCUCGCUCUGAUCCUGUUUCCAUCACCGGAUCUCUCCCGUCUCAUGCAACAAAGCCCCUCCCUUCUUUGUCGAUGGUCUUUGGUAACAAAGGCGCCGACAAGAUCUCAAAGAGUUGGUGCGACAUGUGGGAUGAAGAGGAGGAGGAGUCUGAGAAUGAAGAUCUCGCCGUGGCCCAACGACGGGAGCAGAACUCUCGCAGCUGGAGCCAAGAGAGCCAGGGAGCCGCCCUCCCAAGAUUGCGCGAGCCGGACUCCGCUUCACUCAACAAACGCUCUCCAGUUCCAGAUGAAGAUCUGAAGAUGGAACCCAACGUUCUUGGUGAUCUUUCCCUGGACGAAGACAGCGACUCUAGUGCGUCAAGUAGCACGCCUCGCCCCUUCCGGAGCUCCGUAGAAGAGCCUUCUAGUGCUGAUAAGUGGUCGAUGCUUGGUGAUGUGCGGCGCAAGUACAAACCCGAGGACGAACCCCGCAAGUACAAGCCCCGCAAGUCGCGUGAGGUGUUUGGCCCUAAGAGCGUUGCUGCCAAUGCUCGACGACAUGAUUGGGGUCGAGGCACUUGCGGAUACCAGACCAAAUCCAAGCCCGCAUCGCCUGUGGACACUCGACGCCGUCAUUUGCUCGAACAGCAGGAUUGGCGUAGCAAUGUCUCUCACAGCUUCCUUCCUCAUGACAAUGGAAGCAUUGACGAUGAUCUGGAUCUCGUGGGUGGGUGGCAUGAUGCUCACUUCUAG